AUGGUCGUCUCAGGAGAGGACGGGGGGACGCAGGUCAGGACGCAGCUGCCCCUUAGGCUCUGCUGGGCAAUUACGAUGCACAAGUCCCAGGGGCAGACUUUAGCCAAGGCCGUCAUUGACUUGGGGCCCAAGGAGGCCUGCACGGGGCUUACUUUCGUCUGUCUCAGUAGGGCGAAGAGACUUGUGGACCUCAUGGUAGAGCCCAUGAGUUUCGACAGGAUUGGUAACCUUGGAAAUUCGCCGACGAUGAAGGCUAGGCUGCAGGAAGAGGUUAGACUUGGGGAGUUAGCACAGAGUACGAGGGUCAAGUACACGGACAUGGGCGUCUUCAGCGCCGUCGCGGGUCGCAAAGAUGGGGGUGACUCCUCCAGCAACUCUGCGGCGGAAGACAGAAAGAGGUCAAGAGAAGAGCUCGUGGCCCUGAGGACGCAAGUUAGCUCGCUGACGGAUCAAAUGAGCCAGCUAAUGUCGUUAGUGGAAGGUACCAUGAAGGCAAGCAAGAAGGAGGAGCCAGCUGGCACGAUGGAGGGUGCCGCUGAUCGCGGCGAUGCUAGGGAGAGCGCCUCCGCGGAGUCCAUGAACGUCGAAGGAGGGGCCCCGUGGACCGGGAGUGCGCAGGACGGGAGGUACCUGCACGAACCUGUUCGAGAGUCUGGCCCGUCAGGGCGACACAGCGGCGAAGCAGGGGGCUUUGUCCCCCAAGAGAAAGAUUUCAACGAAUGGCUAAAUGAUUUCUGCAUUGCAGCUAAUGGCGCAAACCUGUUGGAACAAUUUGAAGAGAGCGGGAGCUUGGAUAUCCCCGUCAACAGCGGAAAGAGCAAGUUUUCGCUGUCACAGCAGUACCGGAGCGAGCAAGUAGAGCUCGUAUUCCACGCGUGGAACUUCCUGUCUCACGCGU